AAUGCUUCACUCUCUCGGUGACAUCGCGGCGUAUACUUAAUCUUGUCAGCGGGCCAAAGCACGGCUAAGCAAACAUGAACUGCCUCUGUCGCCCAUCACGGAUUAUGUCCGUGCGCAUUAAUUUGCUGGAUGAAACCGAGUUUAUACACGAGAUCAAGGAUGAUUUGCCCGGCCAGGCUCUGCUGGAUGUCGUCUUCGCCAGGCUCAAUUUAAUCGAGACCUCAUACUUCGGCAUACGUUACAUAGACGAGGAGAAUCAGACGCACUGGCUCGAUCCUGCGUCGCGUAUUUCCCGUCAACUCAAGCCCAAGUCGGAUCCCUAUGACUUGUAUUUCGGUGUGAAGUUCUACGCUGCCGAUCCCUGCAAGCUGCUGGAGGAAAUAACCAGGUAUCAACUUUUCCUGCAAGUCAAACAGGAUGUUCUGCAGGGACGACUGCCUGUGGCCUUUGAGCUGGCCGCCGAGCUGGGAGCCUUUGUGGUGCAAUCUGAACUUGGCGACUACGAUCAGCGGCGCCAUUCGAAGGGCUACGUGUCCGAGUUCCGGCUGCUUCCUAACCAGAGCAACGAGCUGGAAACCCGCGUCUCCGAGCUCCACCAGCAGCUGAAGGGAAUGUCGCCCUCCAGUGCCGAGCUCAACUAUUUGGACAAAGUCAAAUGGCACGAUAUGUACGGCGUGGAUUUGCAUCCCGUUCUGGGCGAGGACAGCGUGGAGUACUUCCUGGGCCUGACUCCAAGCGGGAUUGUCGUGCUGCGCAACAAGACGACGGUGGCUCAUUACUAUUGGCCGCGCAUUGCCAAAGUUUAUUAUAAAGGACGCUAUUUUAUGCUCAGGAUAAGCGAUAAAAAUAACGAGCUGAGCACCUACGGAUUCGAGACGCCUCGCAAGUCGGCCUGCAAACACUUAUGGCGCUGCUGCGUGGAACACCAUGCCUUCUUCAGGCAGGUGCGAGUGGCCCCUCUGCCCAGUUCGCAGUCGCAUGCCGCCGAUUUGUUCCAACUGGGAUCGCGCUUCAGGCACAGUCGCCCGGACAAGCAAACGGAGAAGGAUGCACUUUCCGCCGGACGAUCGCCGCCCGCCUUCACCCGAACUCCCUCGAAGCGCCAGCCGCGCCGCGUGAUUGAUGACUUUUUUAACAGCAACGGCCAUGGAAAUGGGAAUGGGAACGGGAGCGGGAACGGGAAUGGCCACGGCAAUGGCAAUGGAGCAAGUGGAGCGGGAACAUUAGGAGGCGGCAGCCACAUGGGCAACAGGCCGCUGCCCCAACCGGGAAUGGGCACCAUCUCCAACAACUACGACAGCCCCUAUCGCUCCACCUACAGCAUACCCACCACUUUGGGCAUCAGACCUUGCCAUCAGCAGCAGAACAACAACUCCAGCAGCUACAACAACAACAGCGGCGGCAACCUGCAAACGCCUGACUCCCCGAGGAGCACCCGGAGUGCUCCCUGGCCCAGAUCCCAGCAGCGAUCCCUCUUCGGGCACAAUCCGUCGAGUCCGCGAUCCGUGAGAUCCGCGAGUACGGCAGGCGGUGGGCUGCACCACCAUCACAGCCACCACAGCCACGGCCACGGUACCAGCCACCAUCCGCACCACCAAUCCUCGACAGCGGGGGCCACCUCCUCGUCCUCGCAACACCACCACCGACAGCAGCGGGCCAGCUCCUCAUCCGCCUCCCAUCAGCAGCAGAGAUACCGCUCCAGUUCCGUGGAGAGCCACUCCUCCAACGACUCGAGGUCCACGCGCAAGCAUAAGCACCGUCAUCGUCGCACCUCAGAUAAUGAAAGCGAGCUUUCCAGAGGAUCAGGUCGGUCUGGAAGAUCAGGACGCUCGCAUCAUCGCAAGCACCGCCGUUCGCACCGACAUCGAAGGGAUUCAGCCGGAGGAUCCGAUCACGAUAGCACACGAGGGCGCAGCUACUCCGGUCAUCGCAGCUCCUCGAUGAGGAGUGGAAGUGCUGAGCUUAUAGACUCCACAUCCCAGUGGAGGGAAGUGCAACGACGCCAGGCGGAGGCCAGCUUGGGCCAGAGUUCCGUGCAGCAGGCAGCUGUUUCCAAGAGCAGCAUAGUGGCCAGGAGUCUCCACAGCAACGAUAGCCACUCGGACACCCAUUCGCACCACAAAUCCAGAAGGCAUCGCAAAAACAAAUCCCCAUCGGAAUCACGAAGCCGCAUGUGGAACAGUGAGCUGGCGAAGCACCUACAAUUCGAUCUGGUGGACACGGAGGGCAUGUCGGAGCAGCAGUUACGCGAGAUUCCCUACACGGUGGUAGAGACCACCUCGAAGAGGUCCAACUCUAACCUGAAGAUCCACAAGAGCAACAGCAAGAGCAGUGUGGGAGCCAAGAGUACGGGAUCCGGCAACACCAUUACCAAUGGCAGUGGAUCGGGAAAUGCUGGUCAGGCCAGGAAUCGCGUCGAUCGCAUCAGGGGACUUUACUAUCAAAGCACGCAUCCACACGAAGCCAACGGAGGUCCUGGAGCUGGAGGACAUGCGCCUAAGAAUGGAUCCAUCCGGUCGGCCAGCACUAUAUCUUCAAGGGAGUGUGAAAGGAAUAAUGGUCUAGUUAGAAUGAUGUCCAGCAUGAGCAUGGGUGACUUUAUCUCGCCCACUGGCUCCAAUCUGAGUCCUUUGGAGAACUCGGCUCUGCGAGUGUCCCACGAGCACACUGACUCCGGAUUGGGAGCCGAUCAGGACUAUGCAUACUCAUCGGAAAGAUCCAGCGACAGCACUCGCUAUGGCACCAACAAAUCCUCUGGCGCCUCGAGCGGAUCGCACCGGAAGUCGGGGGGCAGUGCCGGCGGGAACUACAACAACCUGAUGCAGCAGACCGUGAGUAACCAGCAACAGCAGCAGCGUUCGCUGUUCGCGCAGCAGCAGCGCCAGCAGAAGAGCACCUACAAAUACGCCACCUCCUCGCCAUCGUCCACUAACCCAGGGAGCUCCUCGGGACUGGCGCCCGUCCACAAUCCGGGCUCGAGUUCCAAUCCCAGCUCCGGCCAAAACCCCAACAGCGCUACUAACUCUAAUCAACAGUCACCGGCUAAUCGCCUGCUCCACUACACGACCUUUGAGAACAACCAGUACAAGUUCAGUCUGAACAAUGCGCUGGCCAAGAGCUCCAAGGGCGCGGUGAGUGGAGGAGGCAGCAUUAGCAAUCUGGCUGGCAGCAUGGUAACAUCUGGUGGUGUCGGUGGUCCAGGUUCUCAAGGUGGUGGUGGUGCUUUCAGUCGGCAGCGCAGCUUCGUCGAGUGGCCCAGCAAUCCGGCGUCACCCUACUAUUACCAAGGUCCUUCCACGCACGUGGCGCAGGUGAAGCGCCGGGAUGCCAAGUCGGAUAUUGGGGUGCCCACCAGGCGGCUCUCCGGGCAGAGUCUGACCAAAACGCAACUGCUGACGGGCGGCGGGAACUCGCAGUUGGCCAAUGCGAGCUGUUAUCCGUUGCACUAUGCGAGCAGCAAUGUUUCGGGCGCGGGCUACAAUCGUCCCUUAGGUCAAAGAUCAGGUGGCAGUGGCUCCGCCGGCGGCUUUGGCCUCCAGCCAGCCAAAUCAGACCUCUUCUUGUCCUACAUCCACGGCGGGGAGUAUGAAAGACCCUACAUUUACAACUACAAGAUGCCGCAGAUGCCGGGAGCAGCUGGUGCAGCAGCUGGGGCAGGAGCAGGAACAGGAGCAGUUGGCUCCCCCAAACAACAGACCACCGCUUACCACAUUUCUGGGUCACAAACCGCAGAUCCGCCGCCACCCCCUCCUCCUCUCUACGGCGGCACGGCGCCCGCCAACGACGUCAUGUACUAUCAGUUCGACAAAGGAGCCGCCGUCGCUGCCGGUCCUCCCUCCACGUCGUCCUCGUCGCCGCCCAUUGUCCAGCAGCCGCGGCAAACGGGCGGUCCAUUAGUGUAUCUGCAACAUGGCCAGAAUCCAUCUGUGCCGGAGGUGCAGCAGUCAACUACGCACUCCUCGCACUCCUGUAGCGAGGAGGACGAGGCCAUGAUUGUCCUGGAGGCCCUGCAGCUGGAGGCGCAGACCACCAACGACGAGACCGAAGAUACCGAAGACGAUGAGGCCGCCGAGGCCGAGGACAUGUUUGAUGCGGAUGCUCCCUUGAUGUCCCCCACGGGCAGCCACAAUAGCUCCAAUAACAAUAGCAACAACAACAGCAGCAGCAGCAGCAACAACUGCAUCGCCAACAACAACAGCUGCGGCGGCGGCGGCGGCGGCAUUCGUCAAUCCAAUCCAUCGAGCAAUAUUAAUUUCGAUAAUUGCAAUGCGAAUGUCUACAGCGGUCAGCAGGCAAAGCAGCUAGGGCCAAUUACCAGCGGCAACCAAACGUUAAAUUGUCCCACAUUGAAUGUAAAUGCAAAUGCAAAUGCGAAUCUGAAUCUGAACCCGAAUCCGAGUAGCCACACCACCAAUAGUCACUCCAGUAGCCAAGCGAAUGCGAAUGCGAAUCCCCCACCCACCAACACCACCAACAAUAUCACAGCAGCAACUUUAGCUGCAGGUGCAGCAGCAGCAACUGGCACGGCAGCAACAUCAACUGCCAACCUGCAACAAAAUCAAAACAUUUCCUCCAGCUUAGAGAUAAUCCUUUCGCCAAUUAUCCAAAGUAGUCGACGGUAAGUUUUAUGUUCAGUUCGUUUUCGUUUUCGUUUUCAGUUGCCGUUGUUCUGUUUGUUGAGUAGGUACAACCUAUUUCCUGUUUUCUGUAGCUAACAAGAAGUAAUACCGAUACCGACCUCUGACCUGCAUGUUAAAACAGAGAAACAACAGAAGUGACUUUACCUCUAGAUGGAAAUGUAUGCAAUUUUUUUGCUACCCAGGUGGAUUCGAGUUGAGUUAUUGUGUCUAUCUGCUAUUGUUACGCAUUGCAUUGAAGUUCUAGCUUUGAGAUGUUGACAAACAUAAUGAGUUGAAAACCCUUUGUUAUGCUACCCCGGGUUUUUUCUCCCCUGUUAAGCAUUAAACUUCAUUGAACAGCGCGGGAAAUUCAAAAGAUCUCAACCCCAAACAGAUACACGACAUCUCCUUUAAGUGUGCGAAAACAAAACGAAACGAAAACAUUAUAAAUUAUGUAUUAAUGUGGCCUUUAGGCCUACGCAACGCGGAAAUGUCGGGACCUCCCAGCUGCCAAUUUUCAAUUGCCUUUGGGCCAAGAUAACAAUCGACUUGGGGGCCAAGACAAUGGCAAAGCUUCUCAGACAAACAUUCAUUUUCAUUUCAAUUUCACUUGCCUGCUCCUUGCUUUCGUUCUGGAUUUACAUUUGAUUUGACUGUCUUUCCCCUCAUUUUUGUGCCUCGACAUUUUUCCGCCUGGCGGGGCAGCACAGAAACGCACAAAUAUUUAUGUAAGCUAGGAAAUUCGACAGCCUCUUUACAAAUGAAUAGGUUAAUGUCAUUGGGGUGGAAUCUGCUGUUUUGUUUACGAGCCCAGCCAGGGCCAAAUUGACUUUAAACAUGUCAAUUUAAAUUUGGGGACCCCACCACCCACACCCUGCCAAUCCAGCAGCCCUCAUUAACGGCUACCCGGAAAAGUAUGCUAUGGCAAACGCAGAAAUAUUACUCAUACGCCGCAUUGCACGCAGCCAUUGAAGCAACAAAAUGACAAUUUCACAACAAAUUAACUACCCAGCCAACCAAACAGCCAGCAUUCGCAUAUCCGAGUGGAUGUGAAAGCCCGGGACAUUUGUUUCGAGCUGGGAAUUGCAAGUAAAUGACCUUCAAACUCGAUAAGCGAAAACAAAACAAGCGAAAGUGCUAAAAAUAUACAUAAUUUUCAGCACACGAAGACAAAAGACAAAAGUCCCUCGCACAUGCACACAUGAAAAUAUGAUAGGACACAAAACACACCCACAGUCACACAUUAAAGUAUGUCUGUAGCUGGGUAAAUGAUAUUUCUGCCGGCUCGAUGGCCCGAUGCCAAUGUUUCUGUGACUCCGACCCGCACAUAAAUACAAAUUUCAACAAAACAACAGGCCACAAAACAAAAAUAAACCCACAAAAAAAUAAGCGAUGAAAGCAAAAAGGCGCAAUGUUGGCAACAACAGGAGCAGCCAGUAAAAAAGAAUAAAAAAAAUAAACAAAAACAACAAAAACAACCAGGCUAGGCAAACAUUUCAUAUCGUAGAAAUACUUUGGAGCCAAAUAAACAACAUUUUGUAGCAGCACAAAAAGGCAUAACAAACAGUUGAAAGGAAAAUGGUUGGCCCGAGGGGUUUAGAGGACCUCGGGUUACUCUUUAUUUGAUUAAGAUAAAUAUUUGAGGUCAGCCAAUAUUUGGAAACAUUAGUAUUUCGCUGCAAGUUGUA